CUAUUGGUAACAACAGCGCUAUUUUAGUUUACGUUUUUGUCAAUAUAAUAGAAAAUGAGAAAUUUAUGUUUAAUUAUUGAUGCUUAUUAAGCUAUAUUGCUUUCUGAUAUCAAUUUAAACUUUGAAGCAAAGUAUUUCUUUGUCUGCAUGGUUUUUCCUUUAUAAUAAUAGGAAAUUCUAAAGGAAAUGGUAAUAUAAGUAUAAGCACGAAUUUGUCUACUUGUGUAUUUCAUAUUGGACUGCAUAGAAUAUCUAUCAAAAGAUGGCUUUCAGAAUAAAGCAAGAAAAAAUAGCUCCUGAACUGGACAAUGCCAGGUCCAAAUUGGAAGAAGCGUUGCAAUAUAUUAUGGAAAAAACUGAUGAGAGUCCUUCAACAUCUGAUGAUGAAUAUCAUAAGGGAUUAAAUGAUAUUUCUAUAAAAAAGGAACCUUCUCCUGUUUCCUCUCCAGCAAAGAAACCUGCCCAGCGGACACAGCGCAAACGGCGGAGAAAGGAUGAAACAUUGAAUAGAAAUGCCAAUUCAUAUGUGAUGAAGUUAUUUGAUCGUGCUGUAGAUCUGACCCCAUUCACUGAACAAACUCCUCUGUAUCCCAUAUGUCGAGCCUGGAUUAAUAAUCAGGCUUUAUAUAAAAGUUGUCAACAACCUAAAGAAGAACCUGUGACAGAUGAACCUCAGACCUCAGAAGAUCCUGAUAAAGAACUUGAUGAAAACAGCGAGGAUGUCCGUCACCUUCCACCUCCUAGUCCUUUGAAAGGCAAAGAUUUAAGAAUACCAUCACCAAUUCCACAACCGGAGGAACAAUUUAUUAUUUGUUCUGAUGAUCAGAAUGCUGUAUCUAAAGAUGUAUUGAUGGCAAACCAUCUGCAGCGAUGGAAGGCUGUACGUCAAAAGUGGAAACAGGCUGCAAGGGCCAACGAAGAUCGUUACAGAGAAAGUGCUGCUAUAUUGAAGGCCAUAUUUGAAAGGUCACAAAGACAACAAGAAACAACGUCUACUGACCAUUGGGAUUCUUUAACCCCAGUUACAUGAAUACUGACUUCUCAGGGCAUCUUGAAAAAGUAAGGAGAAUGAGAAUUACAGCAUUUUAAUUUCUGCAAAUUGUAGCCAUUUUUAACGAAUGUUAUUUUAUUGUAUCUGUGUAAAUAUAAGUUUUUAGGAUUGUGAAAUGUUACUUUAAUAAAUUUUUUAGGACAUUAAUUAGAUUUAUUUUGAAAA